AUGCCCCGAAUCCCCACCGCCAAGCUCGCCAAAAAGGGCGCCGGCUCUCAACGUCACAAUCCACUUCCACAACAGCUGCAGGAAGAUCAGCUCACAUCCAAAUUUGGCCUCGUCUCUGCUCCUGGAAGAAGGUCCAAAAAGGCGGCAGCCAAGCCCCAAUCCGCAUCGGACGAUGAGGAGGACCAGAGGCAGUACGCCGCCCCCAAAGGCAUGGUCGUCGGAGGAACAGCAGGUGGAAGCAACAAGGAGAAAAAGUACAUCGACCCAAAGUUGUCCAGAAACAUUCUUCGACUCGCACGUCAACAGCAGGAAGAGAUCGAGCGAGAGGAACUCGAGCUUCAGAACCCUUCUUCCGCGACAACGGCGGCGGAUGCGUCCACCUCUGCCUCCAACGGUAUGACGCCACGCGACGGUCCAAGAGCUUCUUCGUCGGCGUCAGCCAUGCCCGACGACUCUGACGACGAAGAGGCGGACCUCGAUGACUUGGGAGAGCUGGAUGACGAUGAGGCAGAGAUGGGUGCAAAUGGCUGGAACUCGUACGACGCCAAUCUCGAGAUCGACCCCUCAGACCGGGCGCUUCUCGACAAGUUCGAGGCAGAGCACCGAGGUGACGAUGUCGAUGACGCCGAGCACGAUGCUGCGAUGGGUGGCGCAGCAGGUUUCGGCGGCCGAGGUAACAAGACGCUCGCCGACCUCAUUAUGGAAAAAAUCGAAGCAGCCGAAGCAGCAGGCGAUGGCCCCUCCCAGCAAGAGCUCGAAGAGCGAAGGAUGCCACCGGGCAUCAACCCCAAAGUGAUCGAAGUGUACCGCAAAGUGGGCGAGCUUCUCUCCCGCUACAAAUCAGGGCCCCUCCCCAAAGCUUUCAAGAUUGUACCUUCGCUGCCCGCGUGGGAGUCGAUUCUGUACAUCACCGACCCAGCCUCCUGGACACCGCAUGCCACCCUCGCUGCCGUCCGCAUCUUUGUUUCCACCAUGAAGGCCGACCAGAUGCAGCGCUUUUACGAGCUCGUCCUGCUCGACAAGGUGCGCGACGAAAUCCAGGACGAUGGCAAAGUGUCCUACCAGACGUACGAGGCUAUGAAAAAAGCCAUCUACAAACCCGCCGCCUUCUUCAAAGGCUUCCUCUUCCCCAUGUGCGAAUCGGGUACGCUUACGCUCAAGGAAGCCGCCAUCGUCUCGUCGGUCCUGGCCAAGGUCUCGAUUCCCGUGUUGCACUCGGCGGCCGCGCUACUGCGCUUGGCAGAGAUGGAGUACUCGGGUCCCACGUCGCUUUUCAUUCGUGUGCUGCUCGACAAGAAGUACGCUCUGCCCUACAAGGUCGUCGACUCGCUCGUGUUCCACUACCUGCGCUUCGCAGAGCCCAACUCUGGUGUGGAGCUGGACAAGAUCACGCGCGAGAGGAGGAUGCCCGUACUGUGGCACCAGAGCAUGCUCGUGUUUGCCCAGAGGUACAAGCAGGACUUGACGCCCGAUCAGAAGUCUGCGCUGCUCGACUUGUUGCGUGUUCAGAAGCACGAAGGCAUCUCACCCGAGGUCAGAAGGGAGUUGCUCACGGCCACAGCGAGAGGCGAGAUGCUCGAAGAGCCCGUCGAUGAAGACGAUGAUAUGAUGUCGGUCUGA